CACGUGUUAAUAUCUCUAAAUAGGUAUUAUCAAGCUGAGGGUGAUGGAGAGAAGCAACGAAAGCUCUGGAGAUUUCAUUUUGCUUGGAUUCUCUGACCGGCCAAAGCUGGAGAUGGUCCUGUUUUUUGUCAACAUGCUUUUUUACUUUCUGGCUGUCACGGGCAACUCCACCAUCAUCUUUCUCUCCCUGUUGGACGCUCGACUGCAUACGCCUAUGUAUUUCUUCCUCAGCAACCUGUCUCUCCUGGAUCUCUGCUACACGACCAGCAGCAUUCCCCGGAUGUUGGUCAACCUCUGGGGUCCACACAAAACCAUCACCUACGUAGGUUGUGUCAUCCAACUCUUUGCCUUCCUGUUUGUGGGGGGCAUUGAGUGCAUUCUUCUCUCUGUCAUGGCCUAUGACCGCUUUGUGGCUGUCUGCAAGGCGCUUCACUACCUGACCAUCAUGCAGCCACAGCUGUGCUUGCAGCUGGCAGCCUUUGCCUGGCUCAGUGGGAUUGCUAACUCCAUCCUGAUGUCCCCACUGACAAUGUCCCUGGGGCGGUGCGGUCACCGUCGCAUCAACCACUUUGUGUGUGAGAUGCCGGCUAUCAUCCGCAUCUCCUGCGUCGACACCGGCCGUGUUGAAGGCCUGGCUUUCUUCCUGGCCAUUCCCAUUGUGCUUGUGCCUCUCACCACGAUACUCGUCUCCUAUGGUUUCAUUGCAAGUGCAGUGCUACGGAUCCAGUCUGCAGCCGGGAGGCAAAAGGCCUUCAACACCUGCUCCUCCCACCUGGUGGUGGUGUCCCUUUUCUACAGCACCAUCAUCUACAUGUAUAUGCAGCCUGGGAACAUGGCAAGCCAGGACCAGGGCAAGUUUCUCACCCUUUUCUACUGCCUAGUGACCCCCACUCUGAAUCCCUUCAUCUAUACACUGAGAAACAAAGACGUGAAGGGGGCCACGAGGAAGGUUCUUGGAAAAGACCCAUGCAGCCUGUUGGAUGCUGGAGGGCACUGAUGUAGGCAGUCAGUACUCAUCCUGAGGUUCUUAUCAUCCAUGGAAAUUGCUCCGUUUCCAGGCAGUAAUAAUGCACAAUGGCAUGUAAAAUGCUGAAAUGUUAUAAAAUGGUCUUCUCUCCUUCAGGGA